UUUUUAAAUCCAAGCGUAGAGAUGUUGGACAGACAUUGGCUGACUUGUUACAGAAAGUUGAUUUAAAGACGUGGCAGCGAUGCGCACCCUUGUGCCUCAGAGAUAACCCGUUCUUUUGGGAAUGACUCCAGCAGCUUUUACCUCACCUGCUUUGAUUCUGACACUAACAAGGCAUGGGCACAGACAUCUGUUGGUUUGCUGACAGUUCUCAGUGAAGACAAACUUACCUCUUCCAAUGGCCUCUAUUUUGAAGGACAAAUGACCACAAUCAUCAUUAAGGGGGAUAUUGUGAUAGCCUGGUUAUGGAUUUUAACCUCUUGACGGAUAGUGAUGCCCGCAGCCCGGCGCUGUCGCUGUCCGACUCAAGUACCCCUCAUCACGAGCCCAGCAGUAAAGGCCAGGAGAGCAGUGACACUGAGAAAUCCCAGCAGAAUCAGUUGGACGAAUCCGGCGCCGACGACGGCUCACUCAAGAAGAAGCAGCGACGACAGAGAACUCACUUCACCAGCCAGCAGCUCCAGGAGCUGGAGGCCACCUUUCAGAGGAACCGCUACCCCGACAUGAGCACCAGGGAGGAGAUUGCAGUGUGGACCAACCUCACAGAAGCACGCGUCAGGGUGUGGUUCAAGAACCGCCGAGCCAAGUGGAGAAAACGGGAGAGGAACCAGCAGGCUGAGUUGUGUAAAAGCGGUCUUGGCGCGCAGUUUAACGGACUGAUGCAGCCCUACGAUGACAUGUACGCAGGAUAUUCUUACAACAACUGGGCCACCAAGAGCCUGGCGAGCAGCCCACUCUCCACUAAGAGCUUCCCAUUCUUUAACUCCAUGAAUGUAGGCCCCUUGUCGUCCCAGCCCAUGUUCCCCCCCCCUAGCUCAAUCCCAGCUAUGAACAUGGCCUCCACCAUGGUGCCCUCGGCUGUGGCCGGAGUUCCCACCGCGGGCCUCAACAAUCUGGGCAGCCUCAACAAUCUCAAUGGCCCAACGUCACUCAACUCGGCGGCGGUGACGGCAGCCAACUGCCCGUAUGCCAGCACGGCCAGCCCUUACAUGUACAGAGACACCUGCAACUCCAGUCUGGCUAGUUUGCGACUGAAGGCCAAGCAGCACGCCAACUUCGCUUAUCCCACUGUGCAGAAUCCUGUGUCCAACCUGAGCCCCUGCCAGUACGCUGUAGACCGGCCGGUAUGAAGAGUAUCAAGUCCACUAGCUCCUCCAUGGACCACCCUGCCGCCAAGGAACACUCGCUUUGUUUUUGCGGCCAACUGAGUCACGCUUUGGAAGGAUCUCUAAAAAAAACAAAAAACUUCAUCUUUCUUAACUGCAUGGUUAGAGUAAAAGUAGAAAGGAAAAGGAACUGAGACAGGAAUGCUUCAGCGUAACCUGUGAUUGUCUCUAAUGUAAAUAACACUUUUUUUCUAUGUGACUGAAUAUUCGAUGAAAACAUAGUACAGGACAUGUCCAAACCAACGUGGAUAUUUUCAAAAACAAACAUUUUCACUGUUCCUAUUCUAUUAUUACAAUUGAUGUUAAUGCGGGGAAAAAAGGUGCUGUUAACUACCGGUAAGUCAUUAAUUAUGUAGCAGUACAGUAGCAAAACAAGAAGCUAGCUAAUUGGAUAGCGUAAACUCACCAUGGAAAGAUGGGUACAAAUUAGGAAAAAUAAAUACAGGAACUAUAAAAAGCUUCCAGGAGUGUAUAAGAAAAGUUCAUGAUAAUUAUCGAGCGGUUAUGAGGAGUUAUGACGUCAAUAGGACUGUCUUCAAAUAGUCAAAUAUUCGCAGAUUCUAUUUAGAGGAGUACGAUUACGACUAUUCAGAGAAGUACGAUUCGACUAUCAACCUUGCAGUCAAAUCGUCUAACGGUAACUUCAUUCUACUCUCUGUUGGAAGAAGGCAGGAAAAGGUAAUGAUCCUUUAAACAUUGUUACGACUUUUACUUCCUCUGUGUAGGCAAGUUUGAUGUCUUUCACAGGGCUAAGGACCUCACUUAACUAUCCAAUUUCUACCAUGUUAAUUUGUUUAUCAGAGUGUUUAGCCUUCUUUUGAGGUGGAAAAAGUCGCAAAUGAGAUGGCUGUUUUGUUCACUUUUAUUAAAAAGACUGUAUUUAUUUUAUAAGUUAAAUGAUUAACUUUGGAAGAAUCACCUCAUAGCGACUAGAUCUACAUCAGUCAGAGUUGUGUAUAAAGAGAGUAUGGCCAACUUUCGGUUUCAGGCGAUCUCCUCAAUGAUUGGUCAAAAGGCACUCAAGUGACUUCAGAGCGCUAUGACUACUACCAACUUUGAGCUGAUGCUAUGUUUGCGGCGCUUCCUCGUUAGUUUUUCGCCGUGUAUAAAUGCCCUGGUGUGCAGCAUGGGGCUGCUCCACCCGCCAGAAUUGUGGAAGGAUUUUACAUCGCUUUCCCCACAAGCCAGAAAGAAGACAAGUAUAGGAAGUGAAGGUUCGGCAUCAACACUGGAGAUCUACCAAUUACAAGACUGUUUUGUUCAGAAGAGAACACACAGAAGCAAAUACAAAUAAUAAAAAAAGAAAUGAACAAAUUAAAGAGAUAAUUUGACAAAAACAGACAAUAUUUGAAAUUCAGUAAAACUACAAUAAUGCAAUUCGGUAACAGUAUACCAGAAAGUCAAACACAGACACAAAUAGGCAUUGAAAGAGUAGAAUAAACCGCAUUUUGGGUGUAAUAAUAGAUAAGAAAAUGAACUGAAAAUCUCAUAAAAAAUAUCCAACAUAAAGUGGCCAAAAUAAUGUCAAUAUUGACCAAUAAUCACUCCAUAUUCUUUAUCAACUGCUUGCCAGUGUUUCCAUAUGUGAGUUGUUGUGCAGAAAUAUGGGAAAAUAACUACAAAAGUAUACUUAUUCACUUAACAUGUCACCAAAAAGUAAGCUUGGUUAGAACACUACAUAAAAGAGAUACAUGCAGUGAUUACAAAUACAUCAGAGUCAGCCACCACAGUUGGCAUACUUCACACAGAAGUCACAAUUUCUCCGUGAUUGUUGGUCCAAAGCUAAUAAAGAUUUUGGCAAAAUUAGGUUAUUUCUUUGGUCAUUCUGUGUAUUUUUUUGUUUUUACAUUUAUUGCGCUGUCGGGUGCGUGUUCGAGUACCUGCGAGUCACGAAACACUUCAGGAACGUAGCAGCAUCCACCCAUCAAUCCAUUUACUACAGCUUGUCCCGCAAAGUGCGUCAAAUACGGCUACAGAAUUAUAAUUUCACGAAAUAAAAGCAUGUUUUAAUGUAAGUUUAUGAGCUGGAGUAUGUUUAAAACUAUGUAUAGACGUAUUUUUUGGUUUAUUUCGUCAGAAAAACUAAAGUCAAAACGACAGCAAUUGCACAUUCUUUGGGGUUGGCACCUGUUGUUUAGUUGGCCAUGCUCUCUUUAUACACGACUCCAACAUCAAUGUGACCUUACUGACACCUAUUGACCAGUCAGUUUACAGCACUACAUAAUAUUAUAAUCUAUUUUUCUCUUACUUUAUUUUCUCUCCACGCCAUAGAUUUGACUGAUCGUCGACUGUGCAAAAUCUAACGAAUCGGACUCGACAACGACAAUCCUCGCCCUAAAUGUCACACAGACAAAUCAUAUAACAUAAAAUCAUAGGUCCAAAAAAACAAUAUAUUGAAUCAAAUACAAUUUCCAUUGAGGUGAGAUUACCUGUAAUGUGCUGUAGGUGGGCUAGGGUGAUCAAAUCAAGCACUCCUUUUCUUUUCCUUUACAAGCCUGUCCCCUGAAUUCAUUGUAAACAAACAUGGCGCCGAUCAUGUGGAGCAUCUUCACUAUUUUAGAGAAAGACAUUUUGUGUGCUGCUUUCACUGACCGUUGGUCAUUUUUGAACAAAAAAUCCCAAACUGAACAAAAAAGUGGGACAAUAUGAUGUAGGUAACUAUAAUGCUUUUUAUUAGCUACCGAAUUGGUUACUUUCUGUACCAUGUGACUAUUCACAGAGGAUGACUCAGGAGGAUUUCUAUACAGACAUGAGUUUAUGUUAAUUAUUUAUGGUUGUUGGCCGGAACUUUUUUUGUAGCCAAUUAUCGGAACAAAUUCACUCUUAUCAGACCUCAAAAGACAAGACAAUAUUAUAUGGGGACGGCGUGGCGAAGUUGGGAGAGUGGCCGUGCCAGCAAUCUGAGGGUUACUGGUUCAAUCCCCACCUUCUACCAUCCUAGUCACGUCCGUUGUGUCCUUGAGCAAGACACUUCACCCUUGCUCCUGAUGGGCCUGGUUAGCGCCGUGCAUGGCAGCUCCUGCCAUCAGUGUGUGAAUGGGUGAAUGUGGAAAAUAGUGUCAAAGCGCUUUGAGUUCCUUAAAAAGGUAGAAAAGCACAAGUACGACCCAUUUACCAUUUAUGACAAUAUUAUAAUACAGCUAAGCUAC